GGAAGAUAUACACAAAUUGUCGCCUUGACACCUUGUCUGCAGCACGUGGAAAAAACCCCGCAACCACAACAAGCACGAGAAGCCCACACACACACACACACGCUUGCAGGAGAAAAAAGACGAGCACGUGGGAGCCCUUUUUCCUUUCCGAUCGCUGCACCACAAGCCACCACAAGCCACCACCGCGUGCGAUCGUCCGAUCUCCAUUUUCCAAGCUCCACACCGACGCACUCCCCAACGCAGAUCAAGUCUACCCCCCUCCCUCUCUUUCUCAUCGCCACAACACAGAUCAAGAUGGGCAAGUCCGGCAAGUCCAAGGCCUCCAAGAAGGCCAAGGAGCUCGAGAUUGACGUGAAGAAGGUCGCUUCCCCGAUCCUCAAGGCACAGCGCAAAACCAACAAGAAGAUCACAGACACCAAGCUCCAGAAGGCGCUCAAGAAGAACCUGAUGGCUGAGGGCAUGUCACGUGACCAGGCCAAGAAGGAGGCCAAGAAGCUCAAGAAGGAGGUCAGGAAGGAGCUGGACAAGCAGCAGGAGGAGGACAAGUCCAAGAAGAGCAAGAAGUCCAAGAAGGCCAAGAAGGCCGCCGAGAGCAGCGACAGCGACAGCAGCGACAGCGACAGCGACAGUGACGGCAGCGAGAGCGAGGCUGAGGAGUCCAAGAAGGGCAUGGAGACUGGCAGCGAGGACGAGGCCGAGACGAAGGCCGCCGAGAGCUCCAGCGAUGAGGAGGAAGAAGAGGAAGAGGAGAAGAAGGAAGAGGCCGCAAAGGCCGAGAGCUCCAGCGAUGAUGACAGCUCGAGCGAUGAGGAGGAAGAGGCAACCGAGACAAAGAAGGAGGAGGCUGCCAAGGCCGAGAGCGAUAGCUCCAGCGAUGAGGACAGCUCCAGCGAUGAUGAGGAGGAGACUGAGGAGAAGAAGGAGGAGGCCGCAGCAAAGGCCGACAGCGACAGCGGCAGCGACAGCUCCAGUGAUGAUGACAGCUCCAGCGACGAGGAGGAGGAGGAGGGCGAGAAGCCCGCCAAGCGCGCCAAGAAGGAGGAGGCCUCCAACGGCGACGCCGCUGCCUCUGGCGAGACUGCCAGCCUCUUUGUCGGUAACAUCUCCUUUGACGUCUCCGAGGAGGACCUCAAGGCGUUCCUCUCUGAGCUCAACCUCGGCACCGUGCACGCCGUGCGCCUCAUCAUGCGUGAUGGCCGCAGCCGCGGUAUUGCCUACGCCGACGUUGAUGCCAGCGCCGUGGACAACUUCAUCAACACGACAGAUGCCGAGCUCAUGGGCCGCGCCCUCCGCUUUGACAACGCUGACAACAAGGGCGGCUCCAGGCCUCGCCAGUCGUUCCAGCAGCGUCAGCCCAACGAGCCAUCCUCCACGCUGUUUGUCAAGAACCUUUCCUUUGAUGCCGACGAGAACGCGCUGUGGGAGACGUUCACCAACGCCAGCCGCGUGCGCAUCGCCACCGAUCGCGAGACGGGCCGCUCCCGCGGCUUCGGCUACGUUGACUUUGAGGAUGCCGACACUGCCAAGACUGCACUCGACGCCAACCAGGGCGCCAACAUCUACGGCCGCGAGGUUUACCUCGACUUUGCCCUUCCCCGCGACAACUCCCGCGGUGGGCGCGGUGGUGGUCGUGGCGGCCGUGGUGGCUUCCGUGGCGGCCGUGGUGGCGGUCGUGGCGGCGGCUUCCGUGGCGGUCGCGGUGGACGCGGCGGCAGCUUCCGUGGUCGCGGUGGUCGUGGUGGCGGCCGUGGUGGCUUCCAGGCCGCAAAGCAGGCCAACAAGGGCGCCAUUGCCGAGUUCCAGGGCUCCCGCAUGACUUUUGACGACUAAAGCGAACAAGAGCGGUGCUUGGGAUGGUGUGUUUCCAGUGUUGAUUAGUAGUGUUGGCGCUGUUUCUUCUACUUCUUCUACUUCUACUUCUUACAUGUGCCAACGUCUGGUUUGUGGUUGUGGUGCUUCUACUCUUUCAACGAUUCUGAUAUAAUGCUGAUUGAUUGUUGUUGUGCAAG